AUGUGGAGUCGUCAUCUCUUGUCUUUAGGUCGGGACGUAACGGCGAGACCAGCGAGACCAGAACCCUUCCUGUCCCGGCGUCUGAUUACAAGGCAGGCAUCUUCACACACGCGUCACGGUAUCAUGUCCUCCUCCUCCUCCUCCUCAGCUCUCUCGUACCUCGGGAAACUAGGCCUAUGCAGCCUCAAAGUGUCCCACAGAGUUUCCCUUCUCCGCCCCGAAGCGUCUUCAAGGAGGCGGCGAAAUGAGACCCAUUUAGGCAUCCUUCCACCCCCCUGCCCCCCCUCUCUCUUUCGUCCACAUGUAGCCGCAUGUGUAUGGAUAGACAGGAGUUGUACGGCGGCUUCUCGAGAAGCCUAA